AUGGCAGGCGCCGUGCCAUGGUCGCUCGGUGCCAUCUGUGGCUUAAGUUUGUGGGACUACCCUGAGAUCAUCCUGGCGCUUGCUUUCUCCUUCUUUUUAUUGUUUCUUAACUGCCGCCGGCGAUCGUCUGCCUUGCCGAUAAACUGGCCCUUCAUCUGGAUGCUCCCCGCCUUAUUCAUCAAUCUCCCACACCUCCACGACUACGUUGUCCACAUCCUCCGCCACGCCAGUUGCACCGAGAUGUUCUGGGGGCCUCGGUUCCUGGGGGCCGACCUGUUGCUGACCUGCGACCCCGAUAACGUCAACCACAUUUGCAGCGCCAAUUUUGACAACUACCCCAAGGGAAACCAGUUCCGGGAGGUCUUCGACAUCAUGGGUCACUCCCUCUUCAGCGUCGACGGCGACUCGUGGAAGUUCCAGCGCAAGAUCGCCAACGCCUUGCUCGGCUGCCGUAGUAGCUUCCGGGCCUACGUCAUCGGUGCCACCAGGGAGAAGGUGGAGAAGGCACUCGUCCCUCUUCUGCUCCGCAAGAGCGAGUGCGGUGUGCCAAUGGAGCUUCAAGAGAUAUUCACUAGGCUUACCUUCGAUGUCACCUGCCUCAUGGUCUUCGGCGACGACCCGGGAAGCCUCUCGCUCAAUGUUCCAGACAUUUCCUUCUCUACGGCCAUCGACGACGCGUGGGAGUCGCUGUUCUUCCGCCACGCCGUGCCCAAGCUGCAAAAAAAAAAAAAAAAAAAAAAAAAAAAAAAAAGGCGGGUUCCGCCGCCCAACGGCCCCCUACGCCUGCCCCAUGAUAUUGUAGGAGGAAGGUAA